CGUUGUCCAGCAGUCGUUCCGAAUGCCCAAUUAAACACGUGCAACCGUUACCCUGGCUACCGAUGUGAAUACACAUGUACAAAUGGCUACAAAGCUGCGUUUGACCAUGCUGUUUGUCUAAAUACAGGAAAAUGGAAUAUUGAUGUCAACAAUUUCUGUAAACUGCCACAAUGUCCGAUGACGCUUAUGAAUGGAUUAGCGCAAAUAGCCGCUAACUGUGACGUCAGCGCCGGAAAAUUGUGCAAGUACACAUGCGCGGACGGGUACACCCUCAACAGUAAACUACCGUCACUCACGUGUGGAGUGAACGGACAGUGGGUAGUUAAAAGUGACCAGCCUUGCAUAUUGAAAACGUGCCCAGAAAAUGCACUACGAUACGGAAACACCACUAAUUGUAACACCCGCUCGGUCGGGACGCCUUGCAAAUACACCUGUAACAGCGGAUACAAGGCAUUACCCAACUUAGAUGAGGUGAUCUGUAGAAAAGACCUUACAUGGCACCCACAGAAUGCUUGUCAAGAAGUUAAAUGCGACAUGUCAUUUGGAUCCGUUACCAUUCAAAAGGACUGUGACUUCAAGAUCAACAGCAAAUGCGGAUACUCGUGCAGCAGUUCCUUUGAAAAACACUCAAACGUUACCAUGUUAACUUGCCGCGCAGAUGGCACGUGGAACCAAACAAACGUCUGCUUAGAGGCAUCUAACGUGGCGGUUACGGAUGCCCAGACCGGAAGUGGCGGAGCAAUUUCCCAGGCCGGGGCAACAGCGGGGAUUGUGAUCCUUGUCGUCAUAAUUGUGGCACUAGUGUUGGUUAUAGCCUUUGUCUUCUUUCGAAAGAGGAAGUCUUCGGAAGUCCCAUACUCCACGGCAUCAUUCCAUAACAAAGGUGACGUGGCCAUAGAGAAUCCGGGUUACCGGGCAACACCAAGCGCCACGCCCACCCCCGAUCGGCGAGGUAACGGCGUAGACGACCACACAUACUCAACCGUGGAUGCUAGCCAGAUGCAGCCAGUCAAAUUUGAUCGCCUCCCCAAUUCACCUGGCAGUGGUGGUGCCAAAGACGAUGGCUUCGUUAACCCGAUGUACCAUAAUAACCAACCAGGAAGCGAACAACUGGCGGAAACAGCGCAGAUCGAUAUCACCAUGGAUGGUGACGACAGCGUUCUUACCAAAGACUCUUGGUUCAAGGAACAGCAGAAGUUGCAUUAGCUGACUUUACAACAGUUACCAGAUUUCUCCACGUUUUAUGUGUUUUGUUAUUAACAGUGUACGCAUGCAGUCGAAUCCCGUUCGCUCGAAGUUCAAUGGACCGGCGAAUUGCUUCGAGUCUCGAGAAGUUCGAGCCAGCCGCGGGAAUGUUUUUAUUCGGUAAAUUUGUUUUCUCGAUCCUUUACAUCCAGUUCGAGCCAACGGGGAAAUCGAGCAAAGCGAAUUCGAGCCAAUGGGGUUCGAUUGUACUUGAUUGAAUGUUAUACAUAUCAUUGACCUAUUAUGUUAAUAUAAACUUGAUGAUGUUGUUAUAUGUUUUCAUUUGACGUUUGUGUAAGUGAAGUGAGAGAUUGUUGGCAUUAAAAGCGACGGAGCCAAUCUUCACACAUGUUUUAAUUCCAUUCAUUAACGCGAAGACGUUGCCAUGAUUCUUAGACAUGAUUAGUUGAGAGCAGAAUGUAUAAAAGUAUAUAUAUACCGGUACCGAUAUUUGGUAUCAUUGUAUUGACAGCUGCGUCGACAUGUUACGAAGUGAUACAAAACUGUGUAUAAAGCAGUUGCGUGAUGUUAGUAGACUUAUUAUUGGUAUGUUUUACUGUGUUUAUUUUCGCAAUUAUUAAUUGCAAUUAUACUUAAGCAGAAUAAUCAUAUAGUCCCUAUGCAAUAUGAAAUCCUCUGAUAUGUUAAUGAAUAUGUGAUUUAGUGUGUAUGUGUAACGACUGAUCUUUUAAAAGAUUUUUAAAUAUUUUAAAAUAUCUAUAUCAAAUAAAAAUGUUAUAUUUUCUAUCGUUAUUAUAUUAAUAAAGGAUCUUCUUACUGAA